GCUCAUUUAAUAGGAGCUGUACAGCAACCUCUGGCAGUAUAGUUUUGUACCAAAACUCUGGUGAAGUAAGCAGUUUACUAUCAGAUGUAUUCCUUUUUAUUUCGUACUGUAGAUAAUGGAGAGUUUAAUGAGAAUUCUUGCUACGGUUCAGUUUAUUUUACAAAUAACGGGAAAAUCGGCGAAAAGUGGUGUCUGUGUAGGAAACGCCUGCUACAGCAUAAACCAGGAUUCCACCACUUUUCAGACAGCCAAGAACAAAUGUGAGUUGCAAGGAAAUUUAAUGACCGUCCGAUCAUCGGUAUCAAACGAAGUACUCGCUGUGUUAAUAGCGAAUUCAAAAGCAGAUUUCUGGAUCGGGCUUCAGCGUCCUGCAGGGCGAUGCACCGAUAACACCGCUAAACUGAGAGGAUACGUGUGGGUAACAGAAGAUGAAAACACAGACUUUACCAACUGGGAAAACAGUGUCUCAGCCUGCUCUCGGCAGUGUGUCUCAGUUUCCAGCGAUCUGAAGUGGAAGGAAAGGUCUUGUCAGGAUGAAGUGGAUGGAUUUCUGUGUGAGUACAAUUUCAAUAAAACCUGUGACCCUCUGCCACAAGACUUUGAUGAGUUUAUUUUAUAUAAAACUCCUUUAGGAAUUAAGGGAGAGGAUCUCGCCUCCAUUCCUCCUGGAAGCAUUGCAACACUGAAACCUUCUGAUUUCAAAGUCUUAUGUGUGGCUGAUGAGACUAAUAGCUGGAUUCAGGGACCUUGGAGUUGUGAGUUUGAAAACGGUGGCUGUGAGCACCAGUGCAGAAUGAAGAAUGGUAAACCAGAGUGUAUUUGCCCACCUGGUGAGGAACUGAAAGGUAAUAAACUAAACUGUAAUAAAAUGAAUCUGUGUGUCAAUUCAGACUGCGAACACCUCUGUGUGAAUCACAAUGACAGCUAUACAUGCCUGUGCGACUAUGGGUUCAAGCUGGAAGAGGAUGGGAAGCGAUGUAGAGACAUAGAUGACUGCGAACUUCCAGGAAUUUGUGGCCAUGAGAAGGUGUGUGUGAACACGCCUGGCAGUUUUGAGUGCAGAUGCCCAGAUGGAUAUGAAGAUGUUAAGGGUGAAUGCGAAGACAUUGAUGAAUGUUUGAAUGAUGUAUGCCAGCAGGAAUGUGAAAAUGUAAUGGGUAGUUACAAGUGUUCCUGUUUUCAGGGAUACAUGCAAAGAAAUGAAAAUACUUCUAAGUGUGAACUAUAUUGCUCCUCAUAUGAAUGUCCAGCUGUAUGUGAUCCAAACGUUUACUGGAUGUGUAAGUGCCCAGAUGGAUUUGUAUUAGACCAAAGGGAAGAUGGUUUGUACUGUGUUGAUAUUGACGAAUGUGAAUCUGGCACCUACUGUUCUCACUUUUGCAACAACACAUUCGGGAGUUACAGCUGUUACUGUGAAAAAGGGUUUUAUCUUCUUAAUAAUUUUUUGUGUGUUUCUGAAGAAGAAAAAGUAGGAUCCACAACAACUAUCUUUUCUCCAGUUGUAAGUGGUUUUGUUACUCCAACUUCGAACUACACUGUAGAUGACACAUAUAUAGUAACUCCUGGAGUCCUUUUUGGAAUUGUCAUUUGUACUGUUGUGAUUAUAUUAGUUUUGAUAUUUUUCCUCCACUGGGUCUAUAAAAAUCAUGUAAAAGCAGGACCUGCUUUUAACCCAAAGAAGAAAGACCUGCGUGUAGAUCCUCAUGAAAGUACUGAAAUGAGCACUGAUGCAGGCUUUAUUUGAAAAGUAAUUUUACACUGUUGAGGUCCAGUGCACCCUAAUAUUGCCUUCAUUUUGGCCAUCACGCUCUUAAACCCCUCCUCCUAAGGAUGCUCCAGCCCUUCCUAGUUUUAUUCUUGAUUCCCUGCACCUGUCUCCGGUUCCUGCCCCUGUCCUACAAAAGCCAGGCAUUCCUGCCAAUCCGGGCUUAGCUUUGGAAGAUGGAUGCCCAGAAGCCUGCCUAUCCGCGAGUCCAGAAGCGACUCGACGGCACAGGCUUCACCACGGCAUUAGGGAGUGUCUGGUCCCAUGACCCCCAUUUUAUUCCCCUGUUCCGCCGUUGGAUCCCGCUCCGGCUUUUAUCUCUGUUUCUCUGUCAGGAUGGAUUAUCUCUUAUUGGAUUACACUGCUACACUCAUGGAUUUGCCUCGGACUCCUUUGAACUAUUUGUCUCGGCUGCACCUCCCCCAAACACCAGCGCACCAUAGAGAUGCCCCCUGUUUUCCUUCCGGCCCCUUUGCAUGCUGUUUUCCCCGUGUUUUCCUCACUCCUCCCCAGAUUGUGUUGUCUGCACAGGGUCCUGAAAGAAUGCUUCGUGACAUUGGCAACUGCAUGAUUCAGGGUAUCACAAGUUUUCGUAACUUAAAUUAUUUAAAAACUCAAUAGUAAAACAUUUCAAAUUAUUUUCUAAGAUUUAAGAUUUCUUUCAAAUUACAAUAAAAACUUAAAUCUCAUUAAAACAAUGAAUUACUUAAGGAAAACAACUGGCCUGUUUCAAUAUGUUUCAAAACUUAAUACACAAAAGAGAAGCUCAGAGUGUGUCAAACAAAAGAGAAUCAAAACACAAAUGUAGGAAGCCGUGACAAUCAUCAAAUAAAAGAUGAGCUAUACAGAUAAAAGAAAAAUAAAGGUAGCUUAAGUGAAUCAGCGCUGUAUGACUCAAGGGAUAUUGACACAUACAAAGUUUAUGGCAAGUCCAGUUUAUUGUAAUUCUGAUGCUUAACAGAUUGUUAAUAGGAAGUAUUCUCUAUUUCAUUGUGCCCUAAAAUACUAAAUGAGUGUAAAUAAGCAAUCAUUGUCUUAAAAAUAAUACUAAAAAAUUAGCCAAUAAGUCUUUGAUAGACCAUCAUUUUAUGAAGAUGGCUAUGCCGAGCUGAAGUAUUUUCAUAGAAGCAAUGUGAAAUAAAUCUUAAUUAUUACAAUACUUGAAAAAUAAGAACCUGAAAUGAAAGACAGCAAUUUAUACACAUGUACUGUAAAUAGAAUGUCAUUUACAGAAAGCCAUUGCUAAACAUCAUAUCCUGUAGUCUCAGUUGCUUUACUUAUGUGUUUAAAUUAUUAAAAUCGAAGGCUGUUAAGAAGCUGAAGUUAUUUUCUGUUGAUGUUAGACAAUGUCUGCUCUUUUUUAUGUGUAAAUACAUGAUAGUUGCAUCUCUGCAGAGAAAGACAAAGAAAUAACUUUUAAUUUAUGAAUGGUCUUCUGGCAUACAGAGCUGUGUACAUUGGAGAAACCUUCUUAGAAAUGAUAUCAAGCUUACACGUUUGUGGAAAGUUUUUAUAAGCAUUUCAAUUAAUGUCAUGGAAUUUCCCAGUACUGGAAACGGCAGAAGAAACAAAUCAUAUACUGAAGACAUCACUAUCUUUGGAGUGAGUCAGUGUUAUAUACAAAGUUCCAUCUCCUCUGACAAAAGGAAUGAGAAAACUUCUUACUGAGAACAGUGAAACACCUGAACUUCUUGGAUUGAACAUUCUGUUCUGACAAAUUCACAGUUCACUGAUUUUUCUAACAACGCAUUUAAAUUUUUUUUUUCUCGAAAUGUCUUAAUUUUUAAAGAUUUCAUUUGAUACUUGUGUUACACAAAAACUUAUUUUCAGUCUUUUGUAAGCUGAAGUUCAUCUCCCAUUAAAACUCUGUCUGAAACAAACAUACAGUGGUGUGAAAAAGUGUUUGCCCCCUUCCUGAUUUCUUAUUUGUUUGCAUGUUUGUCACACUGAAAU